AUGCCAGUAGGUACCGGUACCGCAGUCCUCAGCCUCAGGCUCAGGUCUCAACGGAUUGGGCCGCCGGCGCUAGGCAGUUCACUGCAGCCUUCAAGAAUCAAGUUCAGGCUCAGCUUCACAGCUCGCCUUGCAUUUCAGCCGACACCGCGACCAUGGCGUCUAGGAAGCAGUGGACGUUCUGGGCGCUGCUGUUUGCCAGCUUGCUGCUCUCCAGCUGUGUGCUGCGUGCCGCAGCUGCUGUUGACGACGAUGAUGUCUAUGAGGACGAUGAAGAGGAGGUCGACCUGCCUCCCAUGGAGGAGGAGGUCACAGCCCCACCCGAGAGAGUGCAACCACAGACAAUAACAAUGUACCCUGAGGGCCUGCCAGGGGUGGAAACUGUGUUCGUCUUUCCAAACAACGUCCAGCGCCAGGUACCAGCGGGAGCGCCGGUGGAUCUGCUUGUGGGUUUGGCAAACAACGGGGACUCUAGCAUCACUGUGAAGAUGAUUGCCGGCUACCUCUCGUAUUCACGUGACUACAGCCAGGUCAUCCAGAACUUCACGCAAUUCCCCUUUGACACCACUGUGGAGCCUGGGGAGCAGCACUCAUUUGCCUACACUUUUGCCACGCACAAGCUCCUGCAGCCCCACGAGUUCGGGUUCACUGCGGCUGUCUACUACGAGAGCGACGGCGCUGUGCACAGCAACGUGUUCUACAACGGCACUGUUGAGGUGGUGGAGCCGAGCGGGAUCUUAUCCGGCGAGAACGCGUUCCUGGCACUGCUGGCACUGGCGCUGCUCAGCCUCCUGGGCUACUGGGCCUACAGCCAGGUCCAGAAAUUGACCAAGAAGAAGGGUGGUCGUAGAAAGGUCGUGGAGACUGGCACACGCUCUGAUGCGAGCGACAACGAAUGGCUCAAGGGCACAUCUGCGGAUCCGAGGAGGAGAUCAAGCGGAACCAUCAAGGUCACGAAGAAGAAAGAGUAGCGCUUCUGGGAAGCUGGCACUCAUCAAAGCACUCGUGCAGGGCAUUGUGUACCGUAAGUUUUUUCAGGCCUAGGAACUCCCGAGUUUAGAUGGACCCGCGGCGGCUCGUAGGGGAGAACACUGUGCUUUUGAGUGGAUCAGAUGAUCAUUUUACGAAUGCAGGUCAAGGUGCGUGAUGGCCACCUUAUCUCCGUAUUCAUGUUUUGAAAUGAAGCAUCAUUGUCCACAUCGAUCGUGC